UUGCAGUGUGAGAGAUGAACGACCGGGGCGCCAGGCGAAGCUACGGCGCGCCCUUCUACGCCGCCCCUCGGCGCAAGACCUCCGCUGAAAUCAUCAGCGAAGCCCGGGCUGCUAUUAGCGCUGAGAUGAGCAGCCUGGCGAGCGGAGUGGGCGGCGCCCUGCGGCCGCUUCGCACGCGCCGCCCGUUCACGCCGCGCGAGCCGCAGCGCACGCUCUUCACUGAGAACGCGCGGAAAAAGGACGCCCGCCCGCCCAGCGCCUUUGACUUGAAACAUCUGAAAAUAGCGGAGAGCAGCGAAGACGAUCUGUUUGUCGGUUUUGUCGCGGACACAAAGUCCGGACAUCGCGAUGAAGAAGCCGCGCUGGAAACGCUACCGGAAAAUGGCAAGAAAAUACCGGCUGUACGCCCACUCAGAGCUUCGCAAGAAAGAUCGAACGAGGGCUGGAGCCGUUUCACCAAGUUGCCUCACCUCAGCGGCAGAAGCAAGCCAUUGCAUCGGAGAAACACUACAGAACAAACUGGGGUUAGUCCAGACACAUCCAGCAAAAGAAAACAAUUUUCGUCCAGCAAAUCUGUAUCAUACGAGGCGGGAUCAACACUUGGAGAAGUGUUUGUUAAACAACUUGAAGUCCAGUUGCCCAAUACGUUUCAUGGUCAUGACGAUUAUAGCAAUAUGAGCGUGCUGGAAUUGGCCGAGGCACUGUCACAGAAGACGCGCGACACAGAUCGCAUCGUUCAACUGUUGGAGGCUCUUCAAAACAUCAUAGUGAGGACCUCACCAGCGAACAGCCUGCGUGAUCUGGUGCUACGGUCCUUGUACACGCAUAUUGAUUGUGAAGACGAACGAGUGUUGGUGGCUAUAGCCAGAGCUAUGUUGACGAUGUGUGUGACUGGUGCUCAUUUAGCUGCCGCUUGUAAACUCGUGUUCAAAAUCGCAAGAAACGAUAAAAACGACCACUUUUUCAAAAACAGUAAUCUUCUGGAUCUGCUAGUGGAAGGCUGUGGUCGCGCGGACCCACUGUCCGAGAGCGAGUGUUGCGUCUACGCGGCGGGCGCGUUGCGUUUCCUUGCGUUGGAACCGCGCCUGUGUGCGUUGGCGCAUCGUGCCGGUGCGUUACCACUUGCGGCACUACACCUCAAGAUAUUGAACAAUGCGAAAACAGAAAGACCUCGCCAAGUAUCAGAGCAAGCGACGCACGCGCUGUACCAAGUGACGGGCGCGCUGCGUAACCUGGCGGGGGGCGAGGGGAGCGGGCGGGCGUUUGCUGCCAGCGGCGUGCUCGCGGACUUACUCGCCGCGCUUACUCUGCACACAGAUCGAGACGUGCUCACUAACGUGGCGAGGUGCCUCAGCGUACUAUCAGCAGAAGAGAGCUGCUGUGCGUGGCUGUGCGCGUCACCUGCAAGUGCGUCAGCAUUGCUGACAGCACUCGCCGCGUGCGCCUCCCGAGCGCCACUCACUGUGCGCCUCGCGUACACCCUGGGUAACAUGGCCGCAGCGGAUGAACAAGCUCGUAUCAACAUAUACAACGAAGAAGGAGGCAUUGAUGUACUGCUGACAAUACUAGAAUCGUACGUUCAACGCAAUGAGAGCGAUGCUAGGGAUCUUGACGCCGAUCCAGAUUUACAUUUAGUGGGGUCUGAUCUUGGUGGCUCUGAUGGUUCCAACGAAGAUGUUCUUAUAAAGACAGUACGAGUGAUAGCAAAUCUAUGCCUGGCUGAAAUAGCUGGAAGGGGUCUGGCGGCAUCAUACGCUGAACGCACUGUUCGCGCGCUCCUUUCCUGUUUGCAGUUGGCCGAGAAACCUGUACAAAAGUCCUCAGACACACCCUCAGUCGAUCACGAGUCGUCGCUGGAACGUCACGAGGAGUUGGCAAUGGCAGCGCUCGCUACUCUCAACAAUAUUACUUUCUUCUUUGAGCCUUCGGAGUCUUCACACCACAAUAUACUUGAGCAACUUUGUAAAGCGACGUGUCGCUGGGUGCGAGGCUCGGGUGCGGCGGCAUGCGAGGCGGCGCGCGCGCUGGGAAACCUAACGCGGUCUGCACGCGCCGCGCAGCUCGUCGUGCUGGAGGGUGCUCUGGAGGCUUUGCCGCCGCUACUGCAUCAUGAGGAUCCCAGCGUGCGCUGCGCGGCGGCGGGCGUGCUGGUGAACGUGUGCGGCGCGGGGGGCGCGGGCGGCGCGGUGGGUGCGGCGGCGCGCGCGCUGAGCGACGCGGCGCUGGUUCGCGACGUCUCCGCCGCGGCGCUGCUGGCGCGCGCGCUAUGGAACGCGCACGCGCACUGCCCGCUCGACCCCGCGCACGCGCAGCAGACCACCGCCGCCCUCGCUUUGUUUAUUGAAGAUGAUUCGCUGUUCAGUGCCUGCGAAGUCCCAAAGAUGGGAGACAGGCGUGCUAGCGACCCUCAGUUAUCUAGGAUUCACCAUGUGAAGUUUGACAUUGAUAACAACAAUUAUGAACAAAAAGUAGAUUUCCUUCACGAGCCCAGCCUCGCGGUCAGGGCUUGUAGCGUAGAGGAGGAUCUGCAUUUGGAACAAGAUGACGAUGAAGGCGAACGAUAUUCUGGCGAAGACUUAGGGUUCGAAGAAGGUGAGCUAGAGGAAUGCGAUUGCGGUCCCUGUAAGAGACUAUCUGCGUGGGAGGAACUGGUGGGAGUCGCCAUACCACUGCUGGAGCAACUGCGUCCCAAGAGAGCCGACGCCUCUGUGGGCACGGAACCGUUCCAUUGAUGGUCAUAGAAUUCAAUUGUUGUCAUACAAGAAAUGUCAUACAAGUGUCCUUUCCAUUGAUGGUCAUACUCGUAGAAUACAUUGUUUGUUGUCAUACAAGAAAUAAAACAUGAAGUGUAUUGGUUUAUAAGAUGAAAAGGAAGAUUGAUAGGUCCACCAUCCAUAAACCCUGUAAACAAUAGGUAGGUAUAGACUCCGGCAAGUAAGUUGAACCAAAAUGUCAGUUGUCUGCGGAGGUAUAAACAAACGCGUACUCCGUGGUAUUUUAAAGAUGUAAAUUUUUUUAUGCAAUAGGGGAGUUAAUUCAUAUUAAUUUUAUUAUAAAUAAUAUUAAUUUCGGGUAGUACAUGGUAUAAGGGUCGGAAAUAUAUCGAUAUCAAUUAAUAAAAUUUAAGGAUUUCAUGGAAAACAUAAUUUAAAAAUUAUAUAUCUAUUAAAUUUUCCAAACGUCCACUAAAGUAAUAAUAAACAUCAAACUAAUUAUUAACUAAUAACUUUGUCAAACACUCCGUUUGUUUAAGGUUUAGUGUUAACGUGACGUCAUGAAACAGUUUAAAUAUAGACCAUCAUGGCGGAUAGUGUUUUGGCUCAAACAUUAUUUAAAAUUUAAUAUUUUAUGUAUUCACGUCUCAAAUAAUAUUAUUAUUUUUUUCAAACUAUAAUGAACAUUUUAAAAAGUGUCAUCUAGCCUAUUGUUAUGGCGUCAACGUGUUGCUAUGGUUACCUGAUCAUAUGUCGCUAACACCGGAAAAAGUGUUACCGCGCAUAGUUCAACUUACAGGCCGCGUACUAUUCGAGAAGAACGUAAAACGAGAGCCUUCGAUAACUGGACAUACCUCAUUUUAUGAAGACUUAGAGUAUGUGAGUCAAAUAAAAAAAAUAAAAACGCUUUAUACUUGGACAACCCUUGAUACCUGCUACCACCAACCAGCACGCCACCAAAGCCGCCACGAUCAAAACUCCAUAGGGUCCGUUUUUAGUGUUCCAAACGCACGUACCUACGUACAAAAACGGAACCCAUGUUAUACUCUGUAAGUGUUAUGAUUUUUUUUAUAAUUGGCUGCCGUACUUACCUAUGGUAAAGCAUGGACUGAUAAACUUCUUAAAAUGGGGUAUGUCUGGCCAUUGCAUGCUCUUAGUACAUUGAGACUACGUACUUAGUACUAUGGUACGAUUCAUUGGAAUAAACAUGAAUUAUACUCGUAGCUUCGCUCCAAAAGGUUGACUAAGUUAAUGCUAAUCUAAUCACGUUUUAUAAUGCAAUAAUAAAUAAAAUUAUA